AGAUAAAUAUUGAUUUCUCCCUGACUUAAAUACAGUUUAGAAAACCUUCAGGACUGUUCCAGAAUAUUUCUGGUACCCCUGACAACCUGAACACUGAACAUGAGUUCCUCAAUCCUGAAAAUAUUCUCUGACGCUCUAGAAGAAGCCACUAAACUAGAGAAUCGUGGAACUAAGAGGAAAUUCGACAGUGGAGGAAUUCAGCGUACUGAGGAGCAAUUGGAUCAAAUAUUUGAGGAGAUGGGAAAUAUGAGGAUUCAGUUUCAAGAUAUGAAGAAGCAAAUGGAAGAUGUCAAGGGUCAGGGGGAAGAUACAAAGAUUCAGUUGGAGAAUACCAAGACCGAAUUAAACGAGACCAAGAUUCAGCUGGAAGAUACCAAGAUUCAGCUGGAAGAUACCAAGAUUCAGUUGGAGAAUACCAAGACUGAAUUGAACGAGACCAAGAUUAAGUUGGAAGAUACCAAGAUUCAGCUGGAAGAUACCAAGAUUCAGUUGGAGAAUACCAAGACUGAAUUAAACGAGACAAAGAUUAAGUUUGAAGAUACCAAGAUUCAGCUGAAAGAGUCCAAGAUUCAGUCGAAAGAGACCAAUAUUAAGUUGGAAGAGUCCAAGAUUAAGAUAGAAGAGACCAAGUCUCAGCUGGAUGAGUCCUUGAUUCAAUUGGAAGAUACCAAGAUUCAGCUGGAAUAUUUUAAGACUAAAUCUUCCAAACUUGACAAGAAACUAGCGGAUAUAUACGAGUAUACCAAAGACCCAUGCAAAAACUGCAAUGGGUCAACCUUCUGCCUGGAUGGUCAAGUUGUUCGUAAUACAUCAAGGAUAGGAACCAAGAUCAAAGCACUAAAGGAUAUUACAAUCAGACUAAAAGGUUCUCAAUACCGGGUUUCUGCUAAUGAUACUGCAGUUGUAGUUUAUGUAGAUCCCACAUACGGACCCAUCUUCAAGUUCACAUCAUUCGGACCCAUCUUCAAGAAAUUAGAAUUCCAUGGUUUCCGUGGAUUUGUUUACAACUGUAAAUAAAUAACUGUAAGCAGCUAAAGCUUAACCCAGAAUGCUAACUAUCCACAUUCAAAUAUACUGCACCUGAUCUCUGA